AUGAAGUUUGGGGGGAAGGGGAUGAUCCAGCUGAUGGUACUGCUAUACAAUUGGGUGUGGAAAAACGAGUAUACGCCAAGUAGAUGGAGGGAAGGAGUGGUUGUGAACUUGUUCAAGAAAGGAGACAAGACUGACCCAGGAAACUACAGGGGGAUCACACUGUUGAACACAGUGAAAGUGUUCUGUAAGCUACUGAACGAUAGGAGGAUAGUGGGAGUAUUGGAGAAGGAACAUAGUAUCAGUGAGGGCCAGGCAGGUUUCCGAAAGAAGAGGGGGUGCGUAGACCACGUGUUGACGGCGUACGACACCGUAUGGAGAAAUGGGUUGUGGAAACAACUGUCCAAAUACGGGAUCAAGGGGAAAAUGUGGAGAGUGCUGAAGAAGAUGACAGAGUGCACGAAAAGCGCGGUCAUGCUAGACGGAGAACUGUCAAAAUUCUUCGACAUUGAGCAGGGGGUCCCACAACGUUGUACGCUGUCCCCAACAUUGUUCCAGGUGUUCAUCAAAGAUCUGUUGGAAGUCGUAGAGGCAGUCCGGAAGGGAGUAAAAGUAGGGGACACGGAAACGUCGGUUUCAGGAAUGCUGUUUGCGGAUGAUUUUGUCGGUAUGUCGGACACCCCUGAGGGACUGCAACUGCAAAUUGACGCGGCGAAGAAGUUUACUGAUAAGUGGAGAUUGUCUGCCAACGUUAAUAUGAGUGCCGUCAUGGUAUGCAACGAGAACAAGGAACCAGUAGAACAUAGAAGAUGGAAGUGGGGGAUCGAGGAGAUUGCAGUAGUGGACCAGUA